CCACUAACUCCAAAGCAAUUCAUUUCCUUAUAUAACUCCAAAGUCCUCCAUUUCAUUCCCACAAGCAAGCUCCAUUCGCAUUUCAAGAUCUGUUCUUUCAGACAAGAAGGAGAGGGAGAAGAAGGUUGAAUCUCCAUCUAAUCUUGAACCGAACACAAGCAGAGAGUUACAGAUUCUUCUUCCGAGAAAGAGAACUGAUUCGGGCAUGGCGUACGAGGAAGUUAACGGGCUAAACCUCAAGGACACAGAGCUGAGACUGGGAUUGCCAGGGACAGAGGAAAACCUAGAGCAGGAUGUUUCUUGCGUUAGAGGCAACAAGAGGCCAUUUCAGAACAAAGACGAUCAAGAUCAAAACCAAGAAUCUUCACCUCCUUCGAAGACACAGAUCGUGGGUUGGCCGCCGGUGAGAUCUUACCGGAAGAACAACGUUCAAUCGAGGAAGAACGAGGACAAGGGUCAAGGAAUCUACGUAAAAGUGAGCAUGGACGGGGCACCAUACCUUCGCAAGAUCGAUCUAAAGAUGUACAAAGAUUAUCCCGAGCUCCUCAACGCUCUGGAGAAAAUGUUCAACUUCGCCAUAGGCGAGUAUUCUGAGAGAGAAGGAUACAAGGGAUCUGGGUAUGUGCCGACGUACGAAGACAAAGAUGGAGACUGGAUGCUCGUUGGCGAUGUCCCGUGGGAAAUGUUCUCUUCGUCUUGCAAGAGACUAAGAAUCAUGAAAGCCUCUGAAGCGAGAAGAGGCUUAGGCUGCUGCGUAUGAACUAUGAGAACAUUACCCUUGGGUGAACAAGAACAUGAUCAAAUCUCGAAGCCAUCGGAUUGUGAUCUGUCGGCGAAAUGAUAGAUACCCUUUUGAUCCUGAUCGGAGAAAUGACCGGAAAUUUGGUGUUCCGGUCAAGGAGAGCCAUCGGGUUGCUCCGUUCUUUCGGAAAAUUUAACCAGAAGAACGUGUAUGUAUAAUACGGACACAGAUAUAUAUUGUAGGUGUAUACUUCAAAUCCUGUUCUGUAAGAUCAGAUUUGCGGUUCUUGGCCGACCGCAAAUCAUCAUAUACGAAUAUGAAUUCGUAUACGUUUUUGGAAAUUUUUGGAUAUCUUUCCCAUUUUUGCAAUCCAAGUCUUUAUUCUCUCUCAAAUCAUCUUUAGUAAGAUAUCAAUUGCAUUAAACUCA